AUGUGGCAUCAUGAUCCUUGCCGCACCAAAACCCCUCUCCAACCGCUGGGCGGUAGAGUUGCACCUCGGACCCUCAAGCCACCUCUCACUGUAGUCCGUGACGAUUUGUCAAGUGUGUCGAGACAGUCCAUAGCACGUCCCUUCCUCCAGCGUAUAUCGUCCUCAGCCUGUUGUUUUGGCACAGAAGACGCAGCUCAAGGCGCCCAAAAAAGCUUUCUCAACCCAGCAUUCCUAGACCGUCUCCGUGACCGCCCCCCAGCCGACCCAACCCACAAGAAUCAAUGGGGACCGCUUUGCCGAUUCCAGCGGCUCUGGGUAUCUGAAAUAGUCGUGAUGACCUUCGCGCCGGAGGUCAAGGCCACCAGGCCUGCACCAGCCCCUGUCAACCAAAAGAAACAUCCUCACAAACAUCGCCACUCGUCCUCCUCGCCCUUUGACCCAGAGGAAUUGUCGAGGAAGUUGACAAUCAUCCAGGCAGAACAGAGGGUACUGGCCGAGCAAACGAGAAUCGCAAGAAUAGGAACCGACCAUCAAGCUACAGCCCAAAGAUCGAAGGAACGAAGGGUAGAGAAGAAACAUUACGACCUCGCACAUGAGUUUCCGCAGUCCGAUAAGAAGAUAUCCCUACCCGCUCACGUUGGGGUGAAAUCUGUUCCAGACCAGUGCCAAGACGAACCAACACCACAAGAUAACAUGGGGGCAGGAUCCGACACGAGUUGCACGAACCAUGCGCCCGGCGUGCGAAAUGGGGGUGAUGGAUGCCCGUCCACUUAUAGGCACAUUCCACGAGUAGCGGCGCUACAGUUUGCAAGAACGACCACGAUCGAUCCCCCUGGCGAAAAGGGUCUGGUUCACAGGCUCUCCAAGAUGGCUUUGAAGUAUCAUAUGGACGGUGUUAAUGCAGAUACGGGAUUUCAGGACGAGCCGAACACCAUAGCCCCUUACGAGGCAGCAAAAACAUUGAAAAAAGCACAGCGAAAAAGAGAAAAGCAAUAUCAACGCAAUCAAUUCCAACAUCCCUCAACCCUGCUAUCAACUGUGGGAAUUAAUGAUAAUGUAAUCCAUCCGAUUCAACAAACUCUUUUUGAAACGGAUUCUUCGCCGAAGAGCCUGGAAAGCGACGACGAGGGUGCUGCAGGGAUGACCAUGGAGAAGGUGGCUUCAGCGCCACAUGCAGAAAAGCAUGAGAAUCCCUAUCAUGAGGGACUGACCGAAGCAGAAAUCGCGGAGCACAGGGUUGACUGGACCCAGAGCGAUGAGGUCAAGCUCCGAAAAUCAGAAUCCAGAUGGCGACUGAAACGUCAUUUGGGGGGCCAAAAACACAGAGACUAUCCGCCGGUUCUUCCAGAAGAACAAGAGCCGAUAAUGGAGGACGUGACAAAGUCACGAAUCGCUGCUUUGUUCCCUCGUCUUAGACGUCAUAGCGCUGGUGACCUGCUUUGA